CGCCAAUAGAUCGGGUGACCGCAGCCGGCAAUGUCGCAAGCGAGCUUUGUGGUGCUCCAACGCGACAACCAUGCACUGACGAGGGAGAACAAUGCGUUGCAUCUCGAGAUGAUUCGCAUUCAGGAAGAGAUGGAGGAGAAGACGCGGGCCAUGCACUUGCAGGAAAAGGAACUGCAGCACAAGAUCGAAGAACUCCAGUUUCUCAACACACAAAAAACUUCUCAACUACAGAAGAAAGACGCCGACUUGAGCAAGUUGUACGCGCAGGUGGAGCGCCUCCAGAGCUCGAAACAGGAGCAAAACGUUGUGUCGUCAGCGAAAGACUCUAUUGAACUUAACAAACUCCUACCGCCCGUCGAACGCAAGGUUGGCACUGCACCUUCAGCUGGCGCCGCAUCUUCCUUUAUCUUCGACGAUGGCGACACGUCAUCUAAGCAAUUCGACGCGUUAACUCGAGCGAACAAAGCGCUACAAGAUCGCGUCGCGGCGCUUGAAGGUCAAGUUCGAGCCCGGGAAGCGGAAAUCGAACGACUUGGCAACCAACUCAACGAGAGCGUGUCGACAAAGGACUACGCAAUGGUGAAAGCAAAGUACGACUUGGAAGCGGGGCAACUUGCGCAGGAAUUGGAAAAGGAGCAAUUGACGCGCCAGGUCGACUUGCUGAAUGACCAAGUGGCCAAAUACGAAAAGAAACUCGUCGAAGCCGCGCCAGCCCGGCAACGUCUAGACCAAGUAUCAGAGCAGCUCAGACAUGCAGAAGAGCUGAAUGCGAAAUACGCGGAGCAACUCCGCACCGUCCAAGACAAACUGCACUUGGUAGAGCAGCAACAUCUCUUAUGCGACUCAGUGCAGAAGGAGCUCAGCGACGAAUCCGACAAGAACCACGGCACGAUUGCUCAAUUGAAGCAGCAACUUGAGGAUAACGUUGAGCAAAUUGCGAGGCUCGAGAACGCGUUGAAGGUUACCCAUUACGACAAAGUCUCGUCGGCCAACUCUGUGGCCAACCUAGAGGCCCACGUGAAAGUCCUGACGACAGAGUUGAGUCAGCUCAAGCCGAAACACGACGCCGUUGUCGAGAAACUGGCAGACGCCACGAGCCAGGCCAAACACUGGUCGCACCAACGGGCGACGUUGGAGCAAGAGCUAUCCACGUUGCAGAACAAAUUGAGCCACGCGUUGGCAAACCACCAGAUUGCGUUGAAUGGGCAAGAGACGUUGCGUCGCGAGUGCUCGGCGUUGGAAAAGGUUGUCGACCAACGCGACGGACAGAUCCGAAAGUUGCAAGCGAGUUUGGACACCGCCCUCGACGAGUCUCAGGCUCUUGGACGGCGGCUCAAGCAAGUGGAGGCGCACCAACUACACGAUUCGCAGCGGGCGGUCGACGUGCAGUCUACCCAGGCGUCGCUCCAUACAGAAGAGCGCCUGCGUCUCCGCCAAGACUACGAUGCGCUGCAGCUUCGACUUCGCCACGUAGAAGUGCAAAAGAAGGACGUGGAAGCGCAAUUGACCGACGCCCGUGUUCAAGUCGACGUGUGGAAGAAGACGGCAGACCAAACCCAAGAACAAAUGACCGACACACUCGAUGAAAUGUCGAAAUUGACGGCGCAGCUCAAGCAGGUCAAGGUCGAAGUCGUGCAAUUGCAGCAAGACAAGGUGAAAUUGGAGGCCCAACUUGCCGACAGCCGCCGUGAGAUUGAAAAGCUCACGCUUCUGGCACCCCAAGAGGCAACGGCGAAGAUGCAAGAUGCAAAGUGGCAAAAGCGUUUGACGGAUGUUGUGCUGAGCAAACAGCUCGUGGAAACGCAACUGAGUGCGGCGACAGCUGCCAGAGCUAGCUUGGAGCAGCGUGUGGGCCAGAUGGAGACAAAUUUACGCAGUGCUGAAGCGAGUUUGGCCGACAAAGGCUCGGCGCUGGCCACGUUGCAGCAGGAAGUGUCGAGUUUGCAGAGCGAAUUGACGUCAACAAAGCAAAGCAAAGCGUACUUCGAAGCAGAAUACGAAGCCACGAUGCGUGCAUGGACCAACCAUUCCAAGGACUUUCAAGCGUCGCAGCAUCUAUUAACUGCCGCCGAUUCAACACACAAGGACCAACUGCGCCAGAUUCACGACCUCCAAGCUGCCUUGACGGCGUCCCAAACCAAAUGCCAUCAUGUCGAAAACUUGCUCAGUCAAGCGCAGAGCAGCAGGAAAACGCUUGAAAUGCAGUGGACUUUGGUGCAAGAAGAGUUGCGCCAUGCCAAGGAACACCAGUUGGCAAACGAAUCGACGAUAAAACGGCUCCAAACCGAGGUGUCGGAGGCGUCCCGUCAGUCUGUGCAACUGGAAAAAGAUAACAGUCAGCUCAAGCAUUUGGUGGCCGAAAUGGAGUUGAACCGGGACAACUGGACGCUCCAGCACAAGCAGCUCGCCGUCGAAAUGAACGACCUUCGCGGCACAAAUCACCACUUGCAAGACACAUGCGAGCAACUCGAAGCAACUCUGGCACAGCACAAGACCACGAUUGGUCAAAUGCAGGCGAUACUGGAGGCAUCGGAUCGAGAAAAAGAUCAACUUAUUCACGCACUCGACAUCAAGACGGAAGAGCUAAGCGCAUUGCACUCGCAAUUGUCGCGCGUGUCGGACGAACAGUCGGCUGUACGAAAAGAGCUGCAAGCGUGUCAAGCCGCGUUGCGAAAACUCGACGCCGCGUUGCUCGACAAAGAAGCCACGGUGGCGUCGCAAAAGGCCCAACUCGACAAAGCCGACCAACUCACCGCCACGUUGAAACAAGAUGUCGACCUUCUCAAAGGAGAACACGUGGCACUAACCCAAGACUUGCACCACAUGACCAUUGAAAACCAGUCGCUUGCUGGCGAGUGUGCCCAGUUGCACCACGAGCUCGAUCAAGUGUCGGGCGACCAGCGCGGGUUGCACCAGCACAUUCGCCAGAUUGAACGCGAGCGCGAUGGGUGCAAGAUCGAGCUCAACGACUUGAAACAAACGUAUCGAGCCCUUGUGGUUGAGAUGGACGCGGUAGAGGCCACGCGAAGUCAAUUGUCUGCCGCUCGCAACGAACUUGGAAAUGUCAACGCAACGCUUCGCCAACAGCUGCAAGAAGUGACCCGAGAUCGCGACGCCGCCGUAAAACAAGCGUCGGAGCUCGAGAUGGAAGUCCAAGUAAACCUAACUCAAAUCAAGCAACUCACGUUGCAGCUCCAGCAACUCCACGACAAACAAAUGUCGUGUGCUCGAUCGCAAGAAUUGCUUUCUGGUGCAUUGAACUCGCAGCAUCAAGUUGCGUCAGAGCUGGCCCAAGAUCGCGUCGAAUCGGCCGCCACCAACUCCUCCUUGAACCAACGACUAGCAUCUCUCCAAGCGCAGCUACAAAACAGUGUGCAUGACCGAACAGAUCUCACGAAUCAAGUGAACCAACUAACGUUGGACAAACAGAGGCUCGAGGCGUUGCUGGCCACUGUGCGGAGCCAGGUCGCAACGCUACAGGUGCAGGUGGCUCAGCACCAAGAGGACAAGGCUGCGUUAGUCCAAGCCCUUAACCAGCCAGGCCAAGCACUAACGCCGGAUUCGACCGUGGGGUCGGGGCGACAAAGGGCCACCAACCGCAGCAGAAAUGGCAGCUCUAGCAGCCAUAGUCGCCGGAGCAGUCCUUCGACAAGUCCAGAGUCGCAAGGUAUCGGAACAUCACUGCAAGAAGCCGAGGAGCGUUGUCGACGUUUGGAAGAGCGGCUGAGUCGGCAGGACGCCACUAUUCAGCAAUUGGAGCAAUCGCGCAGCAAGUUUCGCAAGUUUGCUGCCAAAUACGAAGUCGAACUGGAACAACGGGAUCGAACCAUUGAAGCGCUGCGCGCGUCAUCGAACGCUGGAAGCAGCCCCUAUCGCGACGACGAAACCAAAACGGACGACGUACAGCCCAUCCGAUGACAGUAGCGCGGAGUCCUGCGAAGCUGUCGAAUUGAGCUAGGGACCAAGGGCAUUUCGAGAUAAACCAGACCGACGGCUGCGACGCAAUAUUUCGCACUGGUCCCGUCGCUCUGUAAUUCUACCUUUUCGACUUUACGGCGAGUUUUUCAUGGUAUUUGCUGUGAAUAUAAAAUGUCUUAACGUUGGA